AUGUUGCGAUACCUGCUUCUCAUAACAGUGGCAGUGGCAUCAGAACGAUGUCCGUACACGUUCGAGAACCAGACUUACGACAGGGUUGCUGUGUUGACAAUAAAAGGUCUUCCCACCAAUCUAGUAGUUAAUCCCAACACAAGAGACCUAUUCUUCACACUGAUCGAUAUAGAUUCACUGCACAACGAUGACGAACAGACAAAAAUGGAUCAAUACGUUCUCAGGAAUAAUAUGCCGAUCAAAAUCGAUAACGUCAAUGGCCAGGCCGCAGCUGUAGACGUUAAAAACAACAAAGUUUACAUAGCAAGCGACGACGGACUCAACGUACUAAAUCAAACGGACAGAGCCAAUUUCGUGAGCUUGAAAGAUGAAGAUAUAGUUCUACUGUUCAAGCCACAACACAACGAUGAGAUCUACGCAGUUUUGUACCCUGAUAAUGGAGUGUACACGAUAAACCUAAAGAAAAAUGAGAAAAGAAAAGUGGACGAUGUGCCGUGCGCAUUCAUGCUCGCUGUCGAUGCACUAGACAAUGUUUAUUAUGAAUGUAACACUAAAUACGUGAAAGUUCUAUUGAAAGAUUUCCAUGAACCUAUUGAGUUUGUAGGCAUUGGAAGGAAUGCUGCUAGAGCAAUGGCAGUCGAUAAUAAUAACAGAGUGAUUUUAGCCACCAACGACGGCUUGUACUUUCUAAGCCCUGACAAUAUAGUACCAAAGAAAUUAAUGAAUUUGGAUUUUGUACCUUCCGGCAUUGCUUUCGAUGAGGAAGACAUAUAUUUGGCUACCAACAGUGUUAUCUACAAAUACAGUUCGGACGAAUGUGAUGAACAAAGAAUCCAGUAA